AUGGCGUUAUCAUGCCGGCUGCGCCGGUUUCUCCUGCCAUGGUUUGUGAUUUUCAUGUUUUUUGAUUUGGAGUGUUUCGUGCAGGGUUUCCCUUCGUUUCUUCGAUCAACGCGUGGGUCAUUUUUGCGCGGUUCCACGACGCUGGCAGCGAAAUUUGAGAAAACAACAUGCGACGACCUGGUUUCAUGGUCGGUGGAACUACUGUCCAAAGUGCAGGUCGUGGUGUUGGCUUUGAUGGUGGGCAUGUCCCUUUUUGUGCCUGCAGUGCCCGCUGCGCCUGCUGCGCCUGCAAGUCAAGAGGAAAAUCGACAAACCGUAGAAGCUGCUUGGGGUUUUGUAAGACGAAAUUUUUAUGACCAGAGCUUCAAUCAUCAAGAUUGGUCCGCGCUUCAUCAAACUUAUCUGCAACGUGUGGACAGUGGCGAGCGUGCAGAGAACAUCGUCCGUGACAUGGUGACCUCUUUGGGUGAUCGCUAUAGCCGGGUCAUCGAUGCUCAAACCUUCGAGCAGUUGAUGGCCUUCGAUCCACUGGGUGUUGGCUUGGUAUUGGCUCGCAACGAUCAGAAGGAGGUCAUCAUCAGCUCCCCUCCUUUUGCAGGUUCGUCUGCUGCCAAGGCAGGGCUGCAACAGGGUGACCUUGUGGAUGCGGUCGAUGACAUGAACUUCAACCAGCUUUCUCUGCUUGCGGUCGCAGAUCGAGUGGCCCAGCGUGACCCUGCCAGUGUUGUGCUGACGCUGCGCAGUGGAGCGGAGCGAGUCCGCCAGGUAACUCUUGAGCGGCUACGACAAGCAAAACCACAGAACCAGGUGGAUUCGGGUGUUGUCACCAACUCUUUGGGCCACAAAGUUGGCUUCAUGCGUUUGCGAAGCUUUGGCGCCCGCAGCGCCCUGGAGAUAUCAGAUGCUCUGCCCAAGUUGCGGAAGGAGGGGGCAGAAGAAUUUGUGAUAGACCUGCGGGGGAACGGAGGUGGCUCCUUCCCAGCUGCUUUGGAGGCGGCAGAGUUGUUCCUGCCCAAAGGUACCGUCGCUGCACAGGUGAAGCUUCCAUCCGUGGAGAAUGAGAAGCCAAUCCGUGUCGGUGAAGGUGACAGUGUUGCAACCACUGCCACAGAGCCCCUAGCUGUGCUUGUGGAUGCGGGCAGCGCCAGUGCCAGUGAGGUUCUCGCCGUGGCAUUGCGGGGCAACUGCCGAGCACCAUUGAUUGGCACCCGAACAUAUGGAAAAGCUGCUGUGCAAGGCGUCUUUGGGCUGCCCAACAAGG